AAAACGGUUUAUUUGUCAACAACCAAAGCCACCGAAUAAAGGGACCUUGGAAAUUAAAAAAACGUUGGACACCAUUACAGGAUAGCUCCUGCGACCUGGCUAGACCCCAAUAAUAUCAACGAAUUGAUUGUGCUAUUAAAACGAUUGGUGGUCACUCCUCGCCAUCCGCACCGCCAUCAGAUUUGUAACGACUAAUAGCACGUGAAUAGUGUAGUGGCUUGAGUGCUGAGACAAGCACGCCGUCGAACAGUGUGCCUCGUGGGUCUCUCAUCAUUCGCCAAUAUUCUUCUUUUAUUGUGAUUUUCGAGAUUGAUCAGGUGCGAGGAUUUUCAUGAUGUCCUCAUCUACUACAUUCCAAAGAGAGGAGUCAGCAGGUCCUGAAAUCCUCGAGAACUGCGAGUGGCUGGACGAUGUACCAAGUGAUGGUCCUCUACGGGAAUAUAGAAAAACCGCUUCCUUCUCGUGGAAGCAAAUGAAAGUCGUCCUUGAAGAGGUCAAAUCCAUUCGUAUCAAGAGAGCAGUAUGGCAAGCCAUGGAGAAUGAUCCAGACUUUCAACCGAGUCACUAUCAACAUUUGAGUACAGAUGAACAAAAGAGGAUAACAGCGAAACAAUUAGCAAGGAUGGAUCAUCUCAGAUUUUUUCCCGGCCUUAUUAAUUUUCGUCACAAGGAUAAGUCAGGAUAUUUACUGGAUCUUCAUGAGGCUCUUCACGUUUAUAAGCCUGCCCUCGCUGUAAAGAUGGCCAUGGGAUGUUAUGUCUUUGGAAAUGCUAUGUUAAGUCUCGGGACCGAGAGGCAUCUCCCCACUUUUCAAAAAGUUUUUAAUAAUAAGAUGUUGGGGUGUUUUGCUCUCACCGAAAUUGGCCACGGAAGUAACACUAAGAUGAUGCGUACGACGGCGACCUAUGAUCCAGUCACACGGGAAUUUGUCAUUCACACACCUGAUUUCCAAGCCGCCAAGUGUUGGGUCGGAAAUCUAGGUAAAACUUGUGUAGUGGCUAUUGUUUUUGCUCAGUUAAUAACGCAAGGAGAGUGUCAUGGAUUGAAUGCAUUUAUUGUACCGGUUAGAGAUCCUAACACAUAUCUGUCUUAUCCUGGGAUCAUUGUAGGAGAUAUGGGAGAUAAAACUGGAGUUCAUGGAAUUGAUAAUGGGUUCAUCAUUUUCAACAAUUACAGAAUACCAAAGGACAAUUUGUUGAAUAGAACUGGUGACGUGACGGACGAAGGUGAAUACCAAACGUUUUUUUCAGAUCCCCAAAGAAUUAUUGGGGCUGUUCUCGAAAAUUUAUCUACAGCACGUAUUGGAAUCACUGGAGAGAGCGUAAAUAACAUUGGAAUGGCUUCAACAAUUGCGAUCCGAUAUGCCUCAGUCCGGAGGCAAUUUACGUCUUCCUCACAGGGAGAAGAGCCUGUUGAAACGCCAAUUAUCGAAUACGAACUUCACCAAUGGAGAAUAUUUCCCUACAUGGCUGCCGCAGUUGUGACACGAGCCUUCAUGACCGAAUUCUCGAGUGAAUUCUUCAGCAACGUAGAGAAGUCCUUAUCAAGUGAAGAAAUUCCAAAUAUUAGAGAAAUUGUUGGUGAACUUCAUGCUAUGAUUUCAGCUAUCAAGCCUCUCCUCACGUGGACUGCCAAAGCUGCCAUCAGUGAGUGCAGAGAGGCUUGUGGAGGUCAUGGAUAUCAUAAAGGUGCCAAACUGGGCGAUAUGGCCAUUGACCACGAGCCCACGGUGACCUACGAGGGUGAUAAUAAUGUCCUUGUUCAGCAGACCAGUAACUGGAUUCUCAGGCAAUGGGAGGGAUGUCGGAAGGGCAUAAUUGACGGCAGCCCCUUGGAUUCAAUCGCUUUUAUCUUCAAUGCAGACGAAAUACUGGAGAAAAAAUUCACUGUAAACCAUGUGGACGGUGUCAUGUCUUUGAACGUUAUCAUAAAUUGUUACGAAUGGCUGAUCACCUGGUUGACAAUUGACAUGUCGCGUAAGUUUCAGAUUGGCAAAAGCAAAGGUCUUAACAAUUUCUCAGCAAGGACUAAAGCACAGGUUUAUUCCGCAUCACAUUUAUCCAGAGCCUAUGGAGAGAUGGUAGUUAUUAAAUACAGCAUGCGGAGGAUCGAAAAAAUGCUGCCAAGUGGGACUCCUCAUCAGAGUCUUGUAGCAGUUUUGAAGAAAUGCCUGUUACUCUAUUCACUCUCUUGUUUGGACAAGCAUUUACCUACCUUCUAUCAAGGUGGCUACUGUGGGGGACCACAGAUGAUAGAAAUUAUCCGCGCGGGUAUUCUCCGACUGUGUGCUGAACUCAAGCCAGAUGCAGUCUCCAUUGUUGAUGCUCUAGCUCCCCCCGAUUUUAUUGUUAAUUCUGUGCUUGGCAUGUCUGAUGGGAAAGUAUAUGAACGCCUUGAAGAAGCUGUCAGAUGCCAUCCAGAUGUGACGGGACGACCCAGUUGGUGGCAAGAACUCACAACAGCUGCUGAAAAUCCCCUCAAGCCACUCCAAUCGAAACUCUGACCGCACAAUUGGUAUUCAGAUGAAAUUCAUUAAAACCAUUUAGCACAAAGAUUGCUGGUAACAUAUCUGAACAAAUUUUUCUACAAAUUGUAUUUUAUAUAUAUUUUCCUGAAGGAAAUUAGAGUGAUAGAAAAGGGUUAUUGAACAUUCAUAUGAAUAGUUGUUUUUCGGACCCAGACCAUUCAGUUUUUUUGCAUUAUUUAAUUACUACAUGUGUCUAUGUCGUCAUCAUUAUUUGUUGCACAAAGAAUUAUACUAGGAUCGGAAAAGCAGGUCUUUAUGAGUAUAAGUAAAUUUAUGGAAACAUUG